UUUAUCAGCUUGUUGCCUUAGUUUUCACUGUUUCCAGCUCCCAGUUCAAACAAGUGCUGCAGACCUGAGCUGAAGAAACGAGGUGGAAAGAAGGACAGACAUCAUUGACAGCCUCUCUGAUUUUCCCCAAGAGAAACUUUUUGACACCAAUACUCUGCAAAAAUGCAAACAAGUCUUCUGCUAGCGGCUCUUUGCCUCUUUGCAUCAGUAAAUCUGCCUGGAACCCAAUCAAGUGAUAACUCAACAACAGGAGCCACAACCUCAACGAAUGCCACUACUGCAUCCACAACGGUUAAUCCAUCCACCGCCCCAACAGUGAACACUCCUGGACCAACCACAAACUCAACACAGAAACCAGAUAACAGCACUACUGUGGCACCAGAUACCAACACCACCCAAGUAACCAUCGCUACUGAGGCACCUGCAAAAAAUGGAACUCAAGGACUGUCAGGAGGAGCAAUAGCAGGCAUCGUCAUCGGUACAGUGGCUGGGGUUGGUUUACUGGGUGGCGGGGUUUACGGCCUGCUGAAGUACACCGACAAAAUCUGAGAACAGCUCUCACCCUCUAAGGACAUAAACUUUAAAAAAUUAAAUAAAUCAUAAGCUGCACCAUUUCUGAUGAGGUCCGAUGUAAGCCUGGUCCACAUAUACGGACAGUAAGGAGGUGGAUUUGCUGCAGAGGAAAAGUUAAAACCGUUACCACCAAUGAAGGCAACAAGGGCCAUGAUGAAGACGCAAUAAUCAAUUAUACUGUGUUGAUUGCAUGACUUCCACUCAGAAAAUGAUUUGAAUGAUUUAAUUUUUAUAACGGUACCUCUGUAUAUAUUUAAUGGUUUCUAUUUGUUCAGUCUUUAAUCGGUUGGAUAAAUGUAUAAGAAGCUUGUGUCAUUUAUGAAAACAUGUAAGAAAUUGUUAUUGCGGUGAUGAAUAAGUUAUAUUAGUGUGAUGAACAGACAUCUUGGCUCAGCCUCAUGAGAUAUCUUGAUGCACAUUGGAGGAGGAAGUGGCUUUAGGGGAAUGACAGCCAGUUCAUGCAGACCCCGCCCACUCUCUUUCCUUCCACUUGACUAUUAAAGGUUUUCUUCUAGCAUCCAUUAUUGAAAAAAAAAUUUACAAACAUUUACAACCACCCAGGCAGGGCAUCACACUGCUGUUGUUUUAUAUUUUAGAACAUAAAUUUAGUUUAUUUUUUGAUAUAUCAAAUAAAGAAAAUCAGAUCAUUAAACAUUA